UCUCUACUACUUGGAUCUCAAGAUAGGAAUCCACCACUUUUGCCCGUCCCAAAGGCCUUGGUCACCUCCGAAAAGCAGCCCCCCCGAAAGAUCUUAAUUGAUCUUCGGCCCCUCCUGGAGAACGCCAUGGAUCCACUGGACUCUUGGGAAAAGAAACCAUUGGAGAAACAGCAGCUGCAGGAGAGGUGUCCUCCUCCCACCUCUGGUGACUCCAGACAUGAGGGUCUCCUGGGUGGAGGAGGAGGAGGUGGAGAUCAGGCUACCGAAAGGCCUGCCGAUUUUCACAAGGAUCGUGAGAUUCCCAGAGUUCAUCUCUUCUUGCCUCCUGUUGGAGCCUCCAAGCUUUACAGGAAGAAGAUUAAGGUCUCCAAAAGAAGCAUUUGGGUACCUCCAGGAGAAUCAACCCAGCUUCGGAAAAUCACCUUGCCUGCCAUCCAACCACAGUUCCAAAUGCCACUUCUCUUCUCCAAGACUAACCUCCAGAACCAUGCUCCACUCCAGGAAAAGAGACCAGCAGAGUCAGAAAGAAGACCAGAAGAAGCUUCUUGGGGGCCGCCCACCGCUUCCUCACCGGAUUUUCAACUUCCCACCCAACUGCUUUUGCAAAAGCUGCAGGAAACUACAACUAGUCACGACCAUCUGCUGAUUGCAAAGGUCCUGCGUUCCUUGCGGGAAGAGCUGCUGGGGAGCAAAUCAGAUCAGAGGGAGAAGCAGGAGGACUUCCUGGAGCUUCCUCGGAUUCAGUCCUGGAAACAUGGCAAAAGAGACAUGGGAGAGAAGGCCUUUGAUGCCACUGAUAUGGAGACAGCCAAGAACAGGUUAAUUAGAUUGAUCAGGAAUCACAACAGCUUUCCUCAAGGCACAGGUGUGUUACAAGUGGCCCCAGGACCUUGAGUUGCUACCUCAGAAGAAUCCAGCAGGAUUAACAGAAAAAACUCACGCCUGGAUCCCCAUAGAAACACAUUCAAAGGCUGGAAAUCCAUCACCUGUAUCCAGUUCCUGCUAUCAUCAUCAUUUAACAACACCAUAAUCCAUUGCGGGGUGGAAUCUGGACGACUGAAUGGAACUAGCUGUCAAAUUUCCUAAUGUUGCCCUAAUUAAUUCAUAAUUAUCGAGUCAAGUUUUUAAUUAAAAAAAACAGUGAUUUAUUUGGUGCUCCAUUAGGCAAUAUCUGUUCGCAGUCAAGCCUGUCCUUUGAUUGUCUUCUGAACUUUACCCCUGUUCCUUCCCUCCUUCCUUCCCAGUCUGUGUCAUAGAUCACAUUCCCCUGUAAGAUGCACCCUUCCCAAGCCGGCUGCAGUAAUCUGAGAUCCGACUUCAGCCGACAGUAUGCGUGUGUUGUCAUA